AUGAUCCCUGCUCCUCAGGCACUCCAGGUCUCAUUAACAUCUUCGUCUUCCAGCCACAGGAAUGCACAGGGUUCGCCCAAGGACUGCAGUGAGAUCCCUGCUGGCAGCCCCAGCGGCAUCUACGUCAUCCAGCCCCCAGGGCUGCACCCCAUCGUGGUGUACUGCGAAAUGAACGCAACGGACGGGGGCUGGACGGUCAUCCAGAGGAACCGGCAGAGCACGGAGAUCACCUGGGCUGAGUCCUGGAGCACCUACAAGUACGGCUUUGGGAACGUGCACAGUGAGUUCUGGCUGGGCACUGAGUACAUCUAUCAGAUCGCCAAGCAGAAGGUCUACCGGGUCAGGUUUGUCAUCUGGGAUGCCGCAAAUGACACAAAGUUUGCAGACUACAACAUUUUCAGCCUGGAAGAUGAGUCCCACGGCUACCGGCUGAGGCUGGGAACAUACUCGGGGACAGCAGGGGAUGCCAUGGCCACAAGCAGUGCUUCCACCGUGCAUGACAACAUGAAGUUCUCCACCAAAGAUCUGGAUCAGGACACUUACAGUGGGAACUGUGCCUCCAGCUACGGGGGCGGGUGGUGGUACUCGGCGUGUUACUCUGCCCGGUUGAACGUCAAGGGGGCCCUAACGUGGGGCAGCCUGUGCAGUGGGAACUGCAAAGCUUCUGCCAUCCUCAUCAAACCCCUUACCUGCUAGGGCUUCGCUGCUGCCUGCCUGCAUCAGGCACGUGGCCAGACCAGUGCCCUGCCGGGCCUCUCUUUGCUGGGGGCAGCGGGGCGGGUGGCAGCAGGGCAUCCUGGGCUGCCGGCAGGUUUUUCUUGCACCUCUUUUGCAAGGCUCCUCCACCUCCCUUGCUGGGUUCUUCCCCUUUGAGCUGUUAUUUUAAUUGCAUUAUAAUCAGACUAACA